AUGGUUACGUUAUUUGAACAUAUAUCAAAGUUCAUAGUUUGCAAUGGAGAAGUAAAAUUAAUCUUAGUUACAACUUCCUUAACGAAAGACAUUCUUAAUUUUUUGUCUGAUGAUUACAAUUUUGAGGUUGCUUUGAGAAAGCUAAACCUCAAAGAUCAGUUGAAAGUUAGGAAUAUCAAAGAUGAGCGUAAUAAAUUCAGAGCUCUUGUUUCAAGGCUUUUUCAAAAAUUAGUAUUGAAUUAUUUGAUAUUUUCCCAUCAGGUUAUCAAUAAAAUUGGCAGUCAGCGAUCUGCUUGGGAGGAGUUGAACUUUCGUUACAAUGAUUACGGAAAACCCCAUUUCCCAGAGCAAGAUGCGUUAAAAAUACAGUUUAGCUUCAGCUCAUCGAAUGAUGUCCUUUGCCUUCUUAUAGAGCUAAACACUUUGGAUCCGAUAGGUAUUGAUUUAUCGCAUUCUGAGCAAGCAGCUAUAUCGUCUCUGAAUUUCAUCAGCCAAUUUCGGCCUAUAUUUGGCUCUGCUGAGCUUCAGCAACUACAAGACAUCCAGGAUGAAAAAUAUAAAUACUUGCUUUUCAAUCAGAUAUGGACUCUCAAGGAGGCAUUUGUCAAAUAUAUUGGUAGUGGUUUAAAUAUUGACUUGUCUAAGUUUGAGUUCAACUUGAGGGAUAGGCUAGCUGAUAAAAGCGCAAAACCUAUCACAAAUAGCGAUUCUUUUAUAAAACGGUAUGAUGUUGAGUGGAAGAAUGACAUUGAAAUUAGCGUUAAUGGGUUAAUCGAAAGUAAUUGUCGCUUUUUAAAAACUCUUGACCUGAUGGAAAUCUUUUGCAUGUCAAGUAUUUUGAGAAAUUCUAAUGGGAAUAAUCUACCAGUAAUAGCGUCAAUAAUAACUCGGAGGAAGUUUCAGCAGCCCACAGACUGCCUUGAAAUAGAUUUUCUCAGAGUUCUAGAGCAUUUAGUAGAUGACGAUUAA